AUGGCUCGAAAGUAUCAGGAAAUUGACAAAGAAAUUCGAAGAAUUGAAGGACAACUUCUCGUUGCAAAACAAAUAUGUCGAGAAAAUGUUAAAGAAAUCAAUCAUUUAAAAAGCCAACAAAAGAAUGAUUCUAUUCUACAACAAAUAAACGAUCUCUUAUCAAUUAAAUCACUUAAUUCCGAUGAACAUGCCGAUCAAUUUAAUAGAUUACUUCAUUUAGUGUAUGAACAACAAACCGUUAGUUUAGAUAAUACAAUACAAUAUGAUGAACAAGAAAAAAAGAAUGAACAGUGCAAUUCAUUACUUGUUAAUCUUUCAUUAAAUAUUGCUGAACUUGAAUCAAUAUUUGAUAAUGCCAAAACUUUAUUUACACAACCAAUUACAUCCGUUAAUAUGUUCAAUAAUAAUACGUCACUUCAAGAAAUUGCAGAUGAUCAGCUUUCUGAUACUUAUAUUAAAGAACGAGAUUCAAUUCAAAUUUAUGACCUUCAAAAACGAGUUGAGAUACUACAUAAAAGACUUGCUGAUACUGAUCAAUGUGAUGAUUCAUUAGCAUUUACAGGUGGUGGUCUAUGUGGUUAUUUAAUUCGUUCAAUACGUCCUAUUGCUAUAUUAACAUCAAUGAUAACUGGUGCUGCACUUGGUUCUUUAGCUACAUAUGAAUAUUUUGAUAACGAACAAAAACAUUUAUCUUGUCAAAAAUUACCACAAAUUAAUAAUUUUCAGAUUAAAAAGCAACACCAAAAUGAAUAUUUUCCGAAAUAA